AUGGACAAUAGUGAAACUUCUAUAACCCCAAUUCCAAUAGUUGAAGAUAUCGAUCAUUGUCAAAACCAACUAUCUCAACGAUCGGUUCGAGUAUCUAAUGGGACUGAUAACAUAGUGAUUGUUUUUGCAUCUAGAGAAGGAUACACAUUCACAAUUGCUAAAGAUGGAACUCUAACAAAACAAACUGCUCUCACUUCAUGUGAACUUACAUUGGGUCCUCGUUGCUCAUCAGUGAUACACUUUGAAUCAACUGUUGAAUUGGUUUACUUUCAAGUAUUCAUUUGCAAGAAUGGUAAAGGACGUUUUUAUUUGGGUAGCAGAGAGAUAGAGCCUGGAUUCACCUAUAGAAUCUUACAAAAACUAGUUGACAGUGUUGAAUCGAGACCCCAUCACAUCUAUGAUGAGAACUUUGAAGAAAUACACAUUCAAAGUUUCUCCUUCUGA